UCAGAGCCUCGCGGGCGGCUGGAGGCGAGCCGCGGGCCAUGGAGCAGGGGGGAUGCAGCUACCAGUUUCGCAUCGCGCUGCUGGGGGACGCGGCCGUGGGCAAGACGUCGCUGCUGUGGCGCUACGUGGCAGGCGCGCCCCGGACACCGCAGCCCGAGCCGGAUCCGGAUCCCACGGUGGGCGUCGAGUUCUACAGCCGCAAACUGCAGCUGCCGGCCGGGCCGCCCGUCAAGCUGCAGCUCUGGGACACCGCAGGCCAGGAGCGCUUCAGGUGCAUCACCAGGUCCUUUUACCGAAAUGUGGUGGGCGUCCUACUGGUCUUCGAUGUGACCAACAGGAAGUCAUUUGAACACAUCCGAGACUGGCACCAGGAGGUCAUGGCCACUCAGGGCCACGACAAGGUGAUCUUCCUGCUAGUUGGCCACAAGAGUGACCUGCAGAGCACCCGCUGUGUCUCUGCCCAGGAGGCAGCGGAGCUGGCUGCCUCCCUGGGCAUGGCCUUCAUGGAGACCUCAGCCAAAAAUAACUGCAAUGUGGACCUGGCCUUCGACACCCUGGUGGAUGCCAUCCAGCAGGCCCUGCAGCAGGGGGACAUCAAGCUGGAGGAGGACUGGGGCGGGGUCCGGCUCUUCUAUGACACUCCAAUCCCCAGGUCCCCCAGCAGGAAGCAGCAUCCAGGCCUGUGCCAGUGUUGACUCCAGGAGGGAAGGGCUAAAGCAGUGCCAACCUCAGAAGUGGUGGGAUGGGGAGUAUGUGGAUCUCUCUGGAGGACAAAUGGCACAAUGUAUCCGAAGGGUUAUUAUAAACAAUAGCUUAAUGCAGCCACGCCUUUUGGAUUUGGGGCGGGGGUCACAGAGCUCAGCACUCUUCUGGCAGAAAAGGCCUGAGAGGCCAGGUGUGCAGCCUGGUUCCCAGUUGCCAGUGGGGCUCAUAAAAGACCUCACCCUCUCAGGGGGUCGUGGGCGUGAAGUGGUAGUGGAUGGGAUGUGCCUGACGAGAGCUGGCCACACAGCUCGAAUUCGAUGAAAGGAACUGUCAUCACCACUCUUUCCUCUCUGGCUGGGAUGUGGCCAUUUCUGGGAAGUGUUCCUGGGCUGGGACGCUGAGGUGCUCAGCGUCUGGACGCUGCUGCCCAGGCGAGGACAGGUGCAGGGAAUUUCAGGGUGAGCCUGCCUCAGAGUCCCCUUAGGUCCUCACGCUUGGAUGAGUCUUAACUGGCCCUCAAAUCCAGGGUUGCUGCACGCUGCCCCUACUCCAAGGCCAGGGCCUGGAUCUGGACCUGGAAGGCCGGGAUGAACACGAAUGAGCAGCUCCCUUGUUGGGUACACAGUAGACACUGUGAUUAGCCACCAAGAUCCCCUUCAGGGCCAAAGACCCUAUAGUGCUGCCCCCCCACCCCCCUCCUUUCCCCCAGCUGCUGGGAGGGUUGCCAGAUGAUGGAGCGCAGCUCACAGCACCCUCUGGGGACUGCGCAUCCCUCACAGCAGCCCAUAUCCACCAUCAAUUAGAAGCAGGGGUGAGGGGUGUGGGGGUGUUCAAAGGCCUGCGCCAGCUCUGCACAACUCUGAAGGUCAAAGCCAGCUUCAUCACUCUCCCUGGGAUUGAUUGAAGCCAUUUUUGGGACAACAUCAGAGCUAAAUUCUCCCUCUGUUCAGUCCUCCUUCCUUCUCUUCCUCCCCACAACAGUUACUGAUUUCAAGAAUCCCCUAAUAAAUGUCUGCAUACUAAUCUCCAUUUCAGA